AUGCGCAUUCGUCUACCUUUUGCAGGUAUCUUUUUCCUGCUAUGUCUACUCGCAGGCUACGCAGGGCUCUCAUCCCUCCAACUCAACACCAUCGUCAACGAUAAAGUCCUACACUGCGUUACCUUCUUCCUUCUAACGACCGCCUUCUACUGGAUCAUCGAUACCAACCGUCGCCGCACCCUCAACUUGACGAUCGUAGUAUGCACGAUAUGUCUCGGCAUCGGUUCCGAGUUCCUCCAAGGCUUUCUGCCUAACGGCCGUGAGUUCGACCCUUACGACAUUGUCGCCAACAUUGUCGGCAGCGUAGCCGCCCUCGGACUGUGUUCCUGGUACCAUCUACGGAUGCUAGAGAGAAAGCGACAGCGUAGACAGUAUAACGCCGUCCCCGGCGAAGACGUCGAGGACCUGGAACUCGGUGAAGGGGUUGGGCCUCAAGAGGAGGGCAUCAUGUUGGCAGCCGGAACCGAGCGAGCUGCCACGCUAGAGGAAGAAGUUGACAACUGGGAUGAAAACGCAGUAGACGCCUGGGACGAGGCUGAAGACGAGGGCGACCUGGGAGUUACCAACGGAAACGGAAAGGCGCACGAUCAAAAUGGAGGAGAGACGGCCGACACCAAAAAACGAGUCGACUAA